AUGACAUCGUCAAUUCGAAAAUAUUUGUUCGGAGGUGAUCGGCCAUGGUCUCCACUUGACUGGACGGGUUCAGAUGAUACAGUUCGCGGGGGUAUCUCUUACUCAAAGCUUAUUUGCAGUGAAGAUCAACGCGUAGCUGUAUUCACAGGAAAUCUCGAUACCCAAACACUCGGAGGUGCGGGCUUUGCAUCGCAACGUACAACCAGAAACUUCGGAGUACUGGAUUUAUCUGCCUAUGCCGGAAUUAUUCUAGAUAUUCAGGAGACAGACCAUAAGCAAUACACCUUCAUACUCAAGGACACGACUUUGCCGCCGAAGCUAGAUGGUCGAGAACAAAGUAGCGCCGGCUGGGAAUAUAGUUUUUCUGCUUCAGAGCCGGGUGAGUCGGUGCAGGUUUUUUGGUCAGACUUCAAGCCUACCUAUCGCGGCCGUGAAAUGGAAGAUGCGCCGCCGCUAAACAUCUCUAAUAUUACAUGUUGUAGCUUGAUGAUGCGCAGUUUCUUUGGCACACAAGAAGGUCCAUUUCGUUUAGGCUUAACUUCAAUAGCCGCCUUUGGCGAUACUAAUACCCGCGACUCUGGGUCUUUUUCCGACUUCGAUAUGGAAAAAAGACAGGCGAUUAUUGAUGAGAGAGUCCUUCAAAAUACUGGAAGUGACAACAGCUGGUCAGGUAUGAUAGCCAAAAUAUUUUGCAUAGGUUGA